AUGAGCCACGAGUGGUCAGAUGCCCUCCAAUGGAGAGGCAACAAAAGUCUGGAAAGUUCAAAAGUCGAAGAGGACGAAAAAGAAGAGAAAAGAGCAAAUUAUUAUGAACUCAUAAAUGACAAAAUUUUCGUAUACAGAUGUAACACAUGCCUAUUGGUAUUCACUUGUGUGCAUUCAUUUUCAAAUCACGUGUUGAGUGAGAACCACCAAAUAAAACAACUGAACGCUCUGAAGAAGGGAAAAUAUUUUAACUGCCUGAGGUGUAAAUACGUCUGUCUGAGCUUGUCCAAAAUUAUAAGUCACAUCGAAUUGUAUAAUCACUGCCACAAUAUUUUGAGGAAAAUUAAAAGGAACAUGGUUUACAAUGGAAUUGCUUCCUGUUCAUGUAGAGUCAAAUGUUAUACGUUUUAUUCACAAAAUAAAAAUUGCCUCACUACUGGGGAUCCUAUCCUGGCCGAAUAUGAAGGGGUCCCCAAUUUUCAAUCCAUCGAUGAAGGUGGCAUGUGUCCUUAUGAUCACAGUGACUCUCAUCAUCGUGGAGAUGUUCAGUUCCUUCCAAAGGGAGAGGAGAUACCUCCUAAGGAACGCAACUUACUUUUGAUGGGCCCUUCUAACGAUAUCAUCCCACUUUUUGAUUCUGCCCCUGUCUGGAGGGGCAACGACGAGGUUGGAAAAUCCCUCAGGAGGAAAACGUUGGGCUUUAUUCUCAGCACCACGGGGGGGGAAGCAUGUAAGAAGGCAGAUGGGGCAGCAUAUAAGGAGACAGACGCGGCGCACCUCUCCCAUGCAGACGCGAACAUGGCCCCCAUGCCCUGCAACCCAGUCGGCGAGCAAACGGAGCUCAUCCCAAUCUGCACAGACAUAAACAAAAUAAAUGACUUCAACGAACUUCUACUCAAUUUAGAGAAGCAAGAAAAGAAAAAAAAACAGGGCCUGGGAAACGAAGAAAAUAGCUGCAGCACGGAUCCCACCAGAAACUUGCUCUUGCACAUUUACGAAAAUAACUAUCACAUGAACAAAGUGAACAGGAAUGAUUCGCUCGACGAUGACGCCGAUCGGAAUGAUAAAAAAUGUGAUGUUUUGGAGGAAACUGAAAGCCAAUUGUUUUUGUCCCCCUAUGGCUUAAAUAAUGAUAACGCCUGUGCUGAGAAAAAUUAUGACCCGUUCAGAAGCUACGGCUACAACCCUUUUGAAGAAGGAGGCUUCAGCUUGUUCCCCAAGGAAGAGAAUGUGAAUGUAGGGACAGGGGGAGGGCUCCCCCAAAGUGACCCUAACAGUCCAGACAGGAAAGAUACAAUUGGGACGAGUACAAACUACAACGCUUUGCACGAAGAAGGGCCCUCCUAUCUCAUUGGGGCUGGAAGCAAGAGCAACAUCUGUACCCAAAAUAGGACACCUAAUUAUGACCCGAUUUUGAAGGACCACCACAACGUGGAUCAAUUUCUCAGUUUAGAACAGGCCAAUAAAAUUGACAAAAAUAUAACAGGCGAAAUAGACCAAGUAAAGAGUUCUUUUGUGCGCUCCAUCCACAACAGCGCAAAAAAGCUAGCUGCGUUGGAUACGUUAUUUACGUAUGAGCAGCGGGAGGAAGCAACCCUUUUUUGCAGUGACCCCUCUACUGCGUAUAGGAACACGAAUGAGGCACAAACAAAUGUUGGAGACCAGAUUGACACUCAUCCGAAUGGUGCACCUAGCGGAAUACAUUUUCUGCAUGAAGAACAAAUGGGUGGCUUCCACAACGGACACAAGUUCACCCCAUCGGAAGAAGAUUUUAAAAAAUAUUUUUGCAAAAAUUUCCUUCCGCAUAUAUUUGAUUAUCAGACGAGAGGCAUGGUUCCCACAAUGGAAGGGGCUCAAAAGGCUGAUUCUGAAAAUGCCUACAAAGGAAAUGUGGAUAGCAUAAUGGGAGAUACACACUGGGACGCGCGUCAAGACAUGCGAGUGGUGAAUUCCAACAUGACGAAUAAUAUGGCUGAGUGGAAGACACCACAUAAGGGACCCUUCAUCGAAAUGGACUACCCUGCAAAGGAGAGAGCAACAGAUGCAGCUCCGUAUCUUUCCCAAACGAAUGAUAACAGUGAUGCGUUUCUGUCCUCGAAAUAUUGGCAACCUAAAAUGGAUGAAAUGAACAAUGGAUCUUACAAGCACGUGACUGGGACGGGUAGCUGCAACGUUUCUGGGGAGGGAGUCGGAGCAACCAACGAGAUGAGUUACAUGAAGUACAAGUGCACGGUUGGCAAAGGUGAACAUAAUGCAGACUCCCGCUCUGCAAGUCUUUUCCCCCAAUUAGAUACUACAUUAACAUAUACGAAUAAAAAAAAAAAUGAAAAUGUCACCGAGGACAGAGAAGAAAAAAAACAACUCGAUUUACUAACCUUUUAUCCUGUACACGCAGGAAGAUCCCCUUAUAUCCAUAGUGAUGUCAAAAAUGAAGGAACAAAUGCAAAUGUGCAAAAUGGGGAAGGUGACACAUUUUACCCCCAACUGAAUAAAGCCUCUCACCAUUUUAAUCAGCCCUAUGAAGAUCUCAUUCACUAUGGCAAGUGCUUCAGGGGGUGGGCAGUACAAGAAGAAAAACCCCGCAAUAGAAAUGACGAGACCCCCAGUUUUACUGCCACCACGGGAGACGCAUACAGGGAGGUGGGGAAUCCAAACGCGCAAAGUGACGCAUCGAGGCAGGUAGUAGUGACAAAGGGGAUGAGCCAAUUGUGUGGCCCCUCUUCCAGCGGGGCUGACUUCAACGCGAGACGCUUAAGCCUGCCAAGCAGACACACAUCAGUGGGCAACCCAACUAAGAAUGCAGAAUCCCCCACGCAGGAACAGAUUCUUAAUAACAUUUUUGAAGAUUCCUCGGAUGAUAAAAAGUACUCCAGGACGCCCAGCGAGACUGCCGCGUUAAAUCAGAAAAGACAAUCCUUUAUUAACGAAAUUGAGGAAAUUAAAAAAUCGAUUGAAAAGGAAAACAAAAAUAAUAAACAGCCCAAUGUGACACACACGAUGAGUCCUCCGUGUGGACAGAGAAUGGAACCUGGCAUCCCUUUGCAUGGCGAGGAGCACAAUUUUUGUAAAAGCCGGGUGAUGAAGAAGGAGAAUUUUGACCGUGGUAGUUGCAACAACGGUGAUAUAGGUGCCUACCCGAAUUUCACAUCCAUUCGUAGUAAUGACUACCCUGGGACGGGAGCCCAUGCAGGGAUCCCCGCUGAGGGAGGCAACUUCGGGAGCGGCUACGUUCAGAGUGGCCACUUUCACAAUGGUUACUUCCAGAGCAGCGGCGUGGACGAUGGCUCAGACAACCGCUUACACGACCGCUUAAACAGCCGACGAAACCACUUCAGUCGCGCCCACCAAGAAAGGAAGAAAUCCACGGAUGGCGAAAACGGCCAACGUUUUAUCUCGAACCUGUCCAAAUGGCAGAGCAGGAGGUGA